GUCGAGUAUUAACUGAUUGCUCUUGAGCUUAAGAAUGUUUCUAAGUGUUUGCUUAUUUUCUCUCUUGGUAAACAGAUUCUUCAUAACCCGGUAAUGCGAUUAAAAUUUUCAAUGCAUUAGUGUCUUACUGCAAUUCCAUUUUGGAUUAUGAAGCUGAUUUGGAUUGUAUUUUCAAAAACGUUGUCCAAGAAGUUGUAAUUGACCAAAAAUGUCAUUUGCAACUCUUUGAUACUCGUUCACUUCAUAUGCAUUACUAGUACUAGUGGCUAUUUAUAUAAAUGAACGCCUUUAUUAUUUUUUGCUAACGAUUUACUAAAGAGUUUGAACACUCCUAAAAGCUUCAAAAGACUACCUUAGUUUCUAAAGAAACUAGUCGCCAAAUAAUUGUCAUCAGGGUAAUGUCACUACCCAAUAAUACUGUAUCAUCCGUACACCUGGCUUCCGAGUUCUUUCCAGUAAUAGAUCUACUUCAUCAUGUAUGUUGUACAAAGCUACUUUAAAAACGUCAGUGGGGAGGCUUUAGAAGAAUAAUUUUAAAAAACUCAAAUACGGAAUUGAGAAAAUGUAGCAAAAGACUUCUGUUAGGCAGACCUCGCGCUAUCUAGUUCCUGUUAAUAGAUGACAACUUAUUUCCUGUGAUUGCUGGUAUCGAGACGGAAAUUAAAUGAAUGGCAACUCCCAAAACUAGUCUGUAAACUAUUAGUAUAUAAAAUCAUUAGAUAAUUACUAAGUAACGCGACUAUCAGGUUUAUAUAUUUCUAUCAUCAUAAGCUUUCCAUGAACGCUCAAGUUACUGUUGUACGAUUUACUGUCCUUAUUUCGUUGUCAGUUUGUCAUUUAUCCUCUGCUAUCAACAGCCACUCUUUGGCUCAUUUACGUAUAACUGUUAUUACGUAUACUGUGAUAUGGUCAAGUUUGUGAACCACGUAUGUUUGAAAUAUAUGAUUCGUAUAUUGGGGGCUGGUUACGGACUUCAAUACUCAGCGGGUCGGGAAGCGAGAGCAUUGUAGGCCAUUAGAAAUCUAGCUGUUGAGUAAAUGUUUUUUGCCCGCAGUCAUAUUGCAAUUGGUGCUUCUGUCAUUUGACAUCAAUUAACGGUUAAAGACGCAACAACUGGUUAUGACAUUUUCUGCAACUUAAAAGUUCAUUGUUUUUCUGUCGCAAGAUCACGUUUUGUUAAUCUAUUCACAUAACUGUUCCGUUUCGAUCUUGACUUCUUGAAUUCAGAAAUAACCAAUCUCUCUUCACUCCAGUCUUAUUCCUGAAUUUGUUUGUAUCUGGUAUGAUUGGUAGUGUUGUGUGUCAGAGGUUGUACUAUCUAACUGACAAUAGUUCUCGUUCUUGAAGAUUUUCAAUAUCUUGUUUAUAAGAGCUCCCCGUUUUACUGCACGGCGGCUCGUUAUUGAAGUGUCAUGUAUUAGCUUUCCGGUCUGUUUAUUUUACACAAAUCCAGUUUGAGUCAUCCUAGUUUUUUGUUCAGAUAUAUUAAACCCUAUCUCAGUUUAUGACUUACACGAGUAAUGUACAUCAGUUGACUUCAUCAUUGUAGAUUGUUGAUUUUCUUAAUAGACUUUAUAAGACGAAAACCUCCGUGUCCUUAUGCAUAAAUCAGUAAAAAUGACGAAGACACUCUUUUUUUGUUUUAUUCUCACCGACAAAAUACCUCAGUAAUAAAUUUCUAAUAGUAUUCUACUUGAAAGUGUUCACAUUACGUCUGUCAGACUUGUAUAUCAUGUCAUCAUGUAUCGAAAUGAAAAUGAAUUGCCUGUAAACUUUAAAUUAUUACUGAUCGGAGAUAGUGGAGUUGGCAAAUCAAGCUUAUUAAUGCGUUAUACCAAUGAUUGCUUUGAAAGUCAGCUAUCUGCAACUAUCGGCGUCGAUUUCAAAGUUAAACUUGUUACAGUUCCUGAUGGAACGAAGGUAAAACUUUCUAUCUGGGAUACUGCUGGUCAGGAGCGAUUUCGUACUUUGACACCAAACGUGUAUCGUGGUUCACACGCUGCUGUUUUUGUGUUUGAUGUAUCGAAUCAUGAGAGUUUUGAUCAUCUUAGCAGUUGGAUGGAAGAAUUACAAACUUAUGCAGACAAUCCAAAUAUGAUCAAACUUCUUGUUGGCAAUAAAAUUGAUAAUAUCGAUCGUGAGAUUUUUCGUGAAGAGGGUCUUCGUUUUGCCCGUUUAUACAAUAUGAUGUACGCUGAAACAAGUGCAAAAACCAGUGAAGGCGUUAAUCAGUUAUUUUCUGAUGUUGUUAAUAAAAUUUAUCAUCAUCCUGAAUUAUGGAAUCAAGGCAAAAAGCAUGCAUAUAAUUCUGCAAGUCGUGUCCACUUGAAUGAAUCUCAAAAUAAACAGACCAGUGGUGGGUGUUGUUCUUAAUAUGCAUAAACGCAUCGGCAUACACACUCCCUUACUCUCUGCCUGUUCAUGACUAUUCCACUCGAUCAUUGAAAAUUUCUGAUUUUAUCCAAAUAAAUAUCAUAUUUGGUGUACUAUAACGGUUUCUUUUCAUUUUUAAACCUUUCCUGACCACACUAGACAAUUCAUCACACUGUCUUUCUUUUAAUGUGUCAUGUCAUGCUAUAUAUAUGUGAGGCCUGUGCUAUUAUUAUUUAUCAGCCAAAAUUUUGUGAUGCUUUCAAAGUUUUGUGCUGCUUUUCUUUUACUUUCUUUUCGACUAGAUGAAUAUCUAGAAUAUAAGCUACUUAAUUAUUUUUUCAUUGUUCUUGUUGUUGUUUCGAAAAUCAAAAUACCUAAAGACCAUUUUCGUUAUCUGUUUAAACCACAAGUUGUCUUUUCCAAGAUUUUGCUUGUUUAUUUUUCACUACAUGCUUUAAAACCGAUCACAUUGUUUUAAAGAAUUGUUUUUCGCUAAAUUCAAUAUUAUUUCAGGUGAUUUGUAUAUAUAGUUUAUUAGAGUCAAUAUUAAAUAUGGACGAUUCUACUGUCUAGUGUAUU